AUGUCACUUUCUGUAGUCGUGCCUGACCCAGCCAUUCUGGAUACGGCCGACCUUGAAACGCUACACAAUGCACUCAAAAAGUGCCGAAGAAGAAAGAUCCUUUUUUCUGGAGAAAUCGUCGAAGGCUACGUGUUGUACCGUUCUGCCACGGCCCAGGCACCCAAAAAUGUACAAGUUUCAUAUUCUUUUGAAGCAUUGACGGACCAGGGGCUAAAACCAGAGAGUCUGGAUCCAGACGAGGUCACCGAAGUCAGAGCUGAAUUGGUCGCUCAAGGAGCAUCUACAGCCAAUGAAAACGAGAAUAUCACGAUAUGGAAGUUUGCCACCGGCGUGGCCAGUCCUCGCCUGAAGAUCGGCAAGCCUGUCACGUUCACAGCUUCCAUGAUAGAUCCCUCGGUUCCAACAAACGGCCAUGUUAGAGCGGAAUCUGAAACUUCUGAGGAGUCAAAGGGGGAAAACACGCCUCAGGAAGUGAUUGAGGAGCAUAAAGACGCGUACGGGCCCAGCACGCUCAAGGCAUCUGAAACGCUUGCCCUUCAAUUGGCACUCAUGAUGAAACUCAAGUCGACUAAGCCAGGCGGUCGAAACGAUAUCCUCCUCAGCUCCCUCAGCAUUGAAGCCUCCGAGGAUCUCCUCAAUUUCGCCUGUGAACGCCGUUUGAACAAUUUGCUGUUCACGAUAUUGAAUCUUGCAGUGGACUUGCCCAACGGAACAGUCACGAAACUCUCUUCCAUGGAAACGCCAGCACGUUUCGGCGUCCACGACGUCACCUCCAUCACUUACAGACUCAUAAACAGCAUAGACAGCCAGCUUAAGAACGAGCAGCCUGAAACCACCCAGCCUUUGCAUAUCACCCUAGACAUCGAGAUCACCAAUGGAAAAGACAAAAUCGGCUCCAAGAUCUCCAGCACAUGGACUCCCAUCCUCGAUUUUGGUCUCAUGGCACCGCCAAUCAGCAACUCACUCAAGUCUUCGUCUAACAUCUCCCACUCUCAGAUGCAACUGCAGUUCCAGACCCCACAGCGUCUGCGUUCGUCUCAGAGUCUCCACAAAAAAGCAUAUCUCAGCACGCCAACAUUCAACACUCUGCCCAGCGUUCCCUACAUCAAUGCGCCUGGAACGCCCAAUACCAAAUCAACAUUCGCUAUUCCCCAGAGGGUGAAACUGCCAAAUCCGGCUCCAGGCAGGACGCAACUGACAAACGCUCUUUCACAGGUUUCUCAGAGCCAGCCCACAUUGAAGACGAUGAAGAGAAACUACCGCUCGUUCAUUCCUCAGCCUCCCAUGGCUUCAUCUGCGGUCACAGUGAACCUCACGACAACAAACAACACCUCCCUCUCGGGAUUACGCCUUACUUUUCUUGGCAAACUUGACGUUGAGCUCGGUAAGAUCGCCACUUUAAGCAUCCAGGCUGUCAACCUUUCACAGCGUACUUUGCAUCUCCUGUUGAUCGUCAAGAACCCACUAAAGCUCAAUCCAGUAUAUCCAAACAACUACGCCGCUGCCAGUAGCGUAUCGUCUUCCAACGUUUUGGGCACUAAGGAAGCAAGCCGGCAAAAGGUGCUCGUGCAUAAUCGUCAACAGCUCUACCACCAGUACCAUCAAAACAAACUCGAGACAUGUGGUGUCAUCAUGUUAACCAACGAUGUCCGCCUCGGUCCCGUAGAGCCCAACGCUGUUUUUGAAUCUGAAUUCGACAUAAUCGGCAUAUCAAAGGGUGUGUUCAACCUCCAGGGUCUUAAGAUAUUCGAUGUCACCACGGGCGACGGAAUCGACUUUGGAAAGCUAAUGGAAGUCUUUGUGACCUAG